GCUGCUCAGACCUGCAUUUCUUAGCUUUCCUGGAGCUGGGAAGUUUGAGCCGCCACUGAAGUGUUACUGUGGGAGGCGGAGUUUUCUGCCUCUCCAAUGAGAUGCCUUCCGUGUCUGAAAAGCCUAUCAUCUUUCACUGGAGCUCUUACUCUGUAAUCCAAGCAAUAGCCAAGCAGCCUGUCUUAUUGUUUGUGGAGUCCUGUGGCUCUGGGUGGUGUGCGGAGCGGGAGAGGGACCAUGGGAGCUUUCUGAUGCUGCGUUGUAUGGGGACCAGGAGCGAACUCACCCUCUGCAGCCACCUGUGUGGGUGAACAUGCAACUGGGCUCUUAGGCUGAGGCCGAACCCCUUUCUCCAGCCUGAGGAGUUCCUUCUAUCUGCUCCCCACAACUAGUUUUCUGCACUUGUGGGAAAAAUGCCCAGCAGAGGAGCAGGAGUUCGGUGUGGGGUGCUUGGUGCACACCAAAGAGUCGGAGUGCCUUGGUUCUGGUCUUGGCAAAGUCCUAACAAGUGUUCCUGAAAGGAUCCCACAGCUUCAUUUUUUAAAUUAUACUUCUAUUAAUUAUUUUUAUUAUUUUUUUUUUUUGGUGGGGGAAGGCUGUGGAUAUCCCUGAUGCAGAAGCCAAGUAUCACAAUGUGACUAGGAUAAAAAUAAUUUUUUUAACCCCUCCUUUUCCUCCUUUUUGGGGGGGGCACUGGAUAACAGAGGAGUGAUCUGCUUUCAGGAUGCCUUGCUGGACUCGCAACACUGAUUAAUUGGGAAGGAACAGGCUCCAUGAAAGGACUGGGACAGUUUUUAAAAACUGGGCUUUGUGUUCUGGGGGCUGUUCUUUGUCUCUAGUCGGUUUUGAUGUGAAAGAAGAUGAAAAAGGAAGGUUCUUCAGGUUCCUUCAGACUCAAGUCAAAUCCAGGUUCUCUCUCACGUGCUGUGAGUUGGAUAAAUUUCUCCUCCUUGUCCAGGCAGACAAAGAGGCUGUUUCGCAGUGACGGGGAGCUCUCGGUCUGUGGGCAGCAGGUGCAAGAGGACGAUGAAAAUUGGACGUACAGAAGCCAGCCCAGAAAAGCGGUUUCCAACCUUGAUGAGGAGAGUAGAUGGACAGUGCACUACACAGCCCCAUGGCACCAGCAGGAGAAUGUGUUCCUCCCCACCACCAGACCCCCCUGCGUGGAGGACCUGCACCGCCAAGCCAAGCUCAACCUCAAAUCAGUACUGAGGGAGUGUGAUAAACUACGGCGAGAUGGCUACCGAAGUUCUCAGUACUACUCCCAGGGACCUACCUUUGCAGCCAACUGCAGCCAGCUCUGCGAUGAUUAUCAAGAUGAAGAUGAUGAAGCAGAUCAAAAGUCUUCUAUAUCUUCAUCAGAAGAAAGACUUGUUUCCAUCAGGAGACCUAAAACGCCAACCUCAAAUGACUUCUCUGACCUUAACACUCAAACGAACUGGACCAAGUCACUUCCCUUGCCAACCCCAGAGGAGAAGAUGCGACAGCAAGCCCAAGCAGUCCAGGCUGAUGUGGUUCCUAUUAACAUAACUGCAUCAGGCACUAGCCAUGAUGAGGUUGGUGGCCACGCAAUGUAUAGCCCUGACCACUGCUCUACACUAGGAAGGCUCGACAGCUACCUGCCUUCGGGGCAGCGCUCAGAAACCAGGGACUCCAGCUGUCAGACCGAGGAAGUGAAAAUCGUUCCACCGUCAAUGAGAAGGAUCAGGGCCCAAAAGGGGCAAGGCAUCGCUGCCCAGAUGAGCCACUUCUCAGGUUCUUCUGGGAACAUGUCUGUGCUGAGCGAUUCUGCGGGUGUUGUGUUCCCUUCUCGCCUCAACAGUGAUGCUGGUUUCCACAGCCUUCCGCGGUCUGGAGCGAGGGUCAACGUUCAGCCCCUUGAGCCACGGCUGGGUGCCCUGGGUCCUGCAGAAGACAUGGAGGACACUUUUCCCUACCAGAGGGGUAGCCCACACCUAGAUGAAAACUUAGGGCAUUUAGGAGGUGCUUCAAGGACUGGCACACUUUUGAGACCCAAAUCCCAGGAGCUGAGGCACUUUGAGGGUGAAAACACAACGAGCCCAGCGUGUAUGGUUUCUCCUCAUGCCACCUACUCUACCAGCAUCAUCCCAAAUGCCACACUUUCCUCCUCUUCGGAGGUUAUUGUUAUUCACACUGCCCAGAGUCCAGGGCAGCUGGACAGCAAAAUCACCAGCUCAGCUUCAUAUACAAAGAUCAAAUCCAGAGACCAGCUCCUCGCCAGGCAUGCUGGUAAAGAUGAUCGUCAUGCUCCUAGUGGCACCUGGAAUCACGGUCACUCCCCCAUUCAUUCGCAGGCCUUAGAUCCCCACUCCCCCAGUGCAGCCACCCUCCUCUCCCUCUCUGACUCCAUGGGCUCCCUAACUGCCCCAGCAAACGGGGAGAAUGGAUCCCAAGCUGUGGCCUUUCGCUGUAGAAACAACGUGGGCUUCCCAGCCCAUGCCCAGGACAUGGACAGCAAGAGUGAGUCCAGCUAUUCAGGAGGGAGGGGGCAUGGCAGCAGCGAGCCCUGGGAAUACAACCUCUCCGGUAAUGGGCGGGCUUCGCCAACAAAGCCACAUCUGGCAACUCCGGGUUACUCCACUCCGGCCAGUAACAUGAGCAGCUGUAGUUUGGACCAGACAUCAAACAAAGACGAUGCCAGGUCCCUGUGUUCAGAGGACCACGAUGGCUACUACGCAGCCCUGCACACAGACUCUGGACAGGGACCUGGGAAUCUGUGCAACAGCAGCAAUGGCUUUGGGUACCCCAGACACAGCAUGGUCAAUGUAUUUGAUGGAAGAGCUCAGAAGAACCAAGGGGAUGGGUCACAUCACCAAGAUAAAUGCCUUUCAAGAAACAUCUCCUUGAAGAAAGCAAAGAAGCCUCCUCUGCCACCAUCUCGGACAGACUCCCUUCGCAGGAUUCCCAAGAAGGGCGGCCAGUCUAAUGGGCAGGUGCUAAAUGAGAGCCUCAUUGCGUCGCUCCAGCAUUCGCUGCAGCUCAAUCUCCCGGGCAAGGGCAGCAGCUCGCCCUCUCAGAGCCCCUGCAGUGACUUUGAGGAGCCCUGGCUGCCUCGCUCCCGCAGCCAGAGCACCGUGAGUGCGGGCAGCAGCAUGACCUCCGCCACCACCCCCAACGUCUACUCCCUGUGCGGGGUCACGCCGGCUCAGAGCGACACGAGCAGCGUCAAGUCCGAGUACACGGACCCCUGGGGCUACUACAUUGACUACACGGGCGUGCAAGACGACCUGGGGAACCCAGGCGGGGGCUGUCCAGCCAGCAAUGGGGCGCCCACAGGACACGGGCCAGCCCGCCAACUCUCAGAUGGGGCCCGGGUCUCCAUGCCCCUCCUGCCCGGUGGCCCCGUGAAACCAAAGAUCACGUCGCCGGAGAAAUCGCACCGGGUCACCUCGCCAUCCAGCGGGUACUCCAGCCAGUCGAACACACCCACUGCGCUCACCCCCGUGCCUGUCUUUCUAAAGUCCAUGUCACCAGCAAAUGGGAAGGGGAAGACCAAGCCCAAGGUGCCGGAGAGAAAGUCCUCGCUGGUGUCUUCGGUGUCCAUCUCCUCCUCGUCCACGUCCCUGUCGUCGAACACGUCCACGGAAGGGAGCGGAACUGUGAAGAAGCUGGACUCUGCACUGGCCUCUCCCCUUGCGGCACCCCCUGUCCCUUCUCUUCCAGCUUCCUGUCCUGCUGCCAAGUCUCCUUUCCUGCCUGCGCCCCCUCCUGUUGCCCAUCCCUCCGCCCACUCCCCCGGGGACUCCCCUCUGCCACACUCCCCCCUCUUUCCCCCUCCACCUCCAGAAGUCCUCACCCCCUGCCCUCCCGCCCCUGAGGCCGGCUUUCCUCCUCCCCCCACUGCACUUAACCCCCUUCUUCUGGAUUCUUCUGCAUCCUUGCCAACUCCUCCACCUCCUUUGCCCUCCUCUGUUCCCCCACCCGCCCCACCCCUGGACCCCAAGUGGAUGAAAGACCCCAGGCCUUCUUUCCAAAAAUCGGGCCAGCCAGAAAGUUCCCGGGAGGCCGACAGGCAGCCUCCUAACAAGGAGGCGGGCAGCGGGCCCGCCAUGCCCCUGAUCACCACGGAAGCGCUGCAGACGGUGCAGCUGAGGCCCGUGAAGAAGAACUCAGGACCCGAGGUAGCGCCGUCACAUGAGCAAGUAUCUCAGGAAAAACCAACUCCCGUUGUUCCCCAGUAUCAUUUAAAGCCAUCUGUUUUCCUGAAAUCCCGAAAUAGCAUAAAUGAAAUGGAGAGUGAAAGCCAGCCUGCCUCCCUGACAAGCUCGCUUCUGACUCCUGCCAAGAGCUGGAGUCAGGGUCAACAGGACGGUGCAGCCGAGCGUGGCCUCCCGAGCCGCAGCCUGGGCAGCGCUGGGGAGGCCGGGGCCGGGCCAGGCCCGAGGACCACGCUGCUCCCGCAGUCCCCUGGUCCUUCACCCAGCAGGAAGCCGCCCCCCAUCUCCAAGAAACCCAAACUGUUCCUUGUGGUGCCACCUCCGCAGAGAGAUUUCACAGCGGAGCCUGCAGAGAACGUGAGCGAAGCAGCUCCCAGCCCCACGAGGGGAGAGGCAGAGAGUUUUGCGGCCGGGACAGGUUCUGAUGAGACUGACGCUGGCAGUUCGGUUCUUGAGGGAGGAGCUGCAGGAUCUGCAUCCCUGGCCAGAGUGGAAGCCAAUGUCCCCAUGGUGCAGCCUGAUGCCUCGCCAGCCCCCGAGCAGGAGGAGCCUGGUGCCAACAGCAGUGCGGAUGGUGCUGGCGAGGUGGAGAACUGCCUGUCUCCGCAGGACGGAGGGCCUGGGGUGCCGGAGACCCACACAGCCCGUUCUUCCUCGGACGCCUGUGACUUCCCUAAGGAAGAAGAGAGUGAUGAGGUGAUGACCCCCAGUAGACCCCGGACCACAGAAGACCUUUUUGCAGCUAUUCACAGAUCCAAGAGGAAAGUCCUUGGCCGUAAAGAUUCAGAUGACGAUCACUCCCGAAACCAUUCGCCCUCCCCGCCAGUGACACCCACCGGUGCUGCCCCCAGCCUGACCUCCCCGAAACAAGUGGGAUCGAUUCAGAGAAGUGUCCGUAAGAGCAGCACCAGCAGCGACAACUUCAAAGCUCUGUUACUGAAAAAAGGAAGUCGCUCAGACACCAGCGCCCGCAUGUCCGCCGCAGAGAUGCUCAAGAACACAGACCCGAGAUUCCAGAGGUCGAGGUCGGAGCCUUCGCCGGAUGGCCCCGAGAGCCCAUCAAGCUGCUCCCCGAGCAAGAACAGAAGGGCCCAGGAGGAGUGGGCCAAGAACGAAGGCCUGAUGCCUCGGAGCCUGUCCUUUUCCGGCCCCAGGUACGGGCGCAGCCGAACGCCGCCCUCGGCAGCCAGCAGCAGGUACAGCCUGCGGAACCGCAUCCAGAGCAGCCCCAUGACCGUCAUCUCAGAAGGCGAAGGGGAAGCCGUGGAGCCAGUGGACAACGGGGCGCUCCGGACCCUGGGUUCUGCAAGUGCACGUUCGCAGAAUGGACCUGCGCGGGAGGACGCGGACGCCGGCGGCCUGCUCUGCGGUGGGGGGCCCGCCACCCCGCGGCACGCGCAGGCUCCGGGCCCCGCAGAUGGCAUGGCUGGUGCGGAGGGCAAGGAGCCGUCCGAACAGGGCAGGUGCUCUCUGAGGGAAGAGAGUUAGGGGCGAGAACCUGAAUCUCCAAGGUGAUGGGGGGAGAUGCCCAACAUAUUCUGGGAAACACAACAGGGACUCUUCUUGCCUUGCUGGGGUCCCAGCACCUGUGCUGUAGUCCCGGGCACUGCCAGCCUGCAGUGGAAGGGGGAGGGUUAUUUAGGACUCACUUGGCACUUGCCCUGUGUCUUAAAAGCAAGUAGAAGCUUAACUUCUGAAAGUGCUUCCUGGGGAAGAUUUUUUUUUUUUUUUUUUUUUUGGCUAAAUGCUGGGGGUGUGUGUAGAGCUGUGUGGGUGUGCAUUUUGAACAUUUGUCAAACACACACACACAUAUAAACAGCAUGUUACAGACAUAGAAGAAAGAGUAAAGCUAGGUAGGGUAAUGGAGUCUUCUGGACUAGGUGGGAAUUGCUUUCAAAGUGCUGUGUUUAUGGAAAUUAGAGAGUCCCAGAAGUAGGGAGAGGCUGUUGCUUCUGAAGAAGAGGUGGUAGGUUAGUGGGUUCUGAAUGCUCAGAACACAUGGGUAUACGCAUAGAUGUGCUUUCGAGGUGAGCCGCGUUGUGGUUAACCCACAAAGUUGGGGAAGGGCUAAGUGACAAAAUUGGUUCAGGUACUUUUUUCUAGGGAAAAAAGGCUUUGUUUCUUUUUUGUAAAAAUGACAAAACACAUGGAAGUGGCGACGCUGUGACUUGGAGCCUGCUGCUGUGCAGCCACAGACACACAACUUUUAGCCUGAUUUUUAGAAAUGUGGUAAUUUUUAAAUUUCCUCCAUGAGUAGCAGCUGAGACCUUCUUUGAGAACGAAACGAUGGUAUGCACGUACAGAGAGGGUAACAGAGGCGAGAAGAGCUGUAAGUGAUACACUGCUGGAAUUUUGUUUCCUGCUUAUUAAAUAAAAUUAUUUUUCAGAAUUAAAUUUGAAAACUUGCACUAUAGAACUGUGGGUGGCGCUUUUACUUUUUCAAUGGUUUUUUACCAGAGUUUAAAACCUCCAUUUGGCAAUUUCUUAUCACUUGAAAUAUCAACAUUUGCUAACUUUUGGAUAUCUUUUUGGUUACACCAAAGAAAAAGUGAUAGCUAUUUUUCCUUGAACUGCCUACAGUAUCAUGUCCUCAUUUAGAAAGGUUUAUCAAACUCUAUUAUAUAUAUUAUCUUUCUUUGGUGAAAAUGCUGAAUAGCUCUUGUUAGUCCAAUAAACUGGUAAAAAAUUGGCAGGGCUUGGUGAUUAAUUAGCCCUGGGAAGUGAGUUUUUAGAUUAAAAAGAUUUUUUGCUUCAUUUGGUUUGUGCGUUUUUAUAUAUAUAUUUUUAUAUAAAUAAUUGAAUUGGCUGAUUACCUUCUAAUCUUCUCUGGCUAGAAUUCUAACACUUCUAGACAUGGGGUGGGGGGAAUGUAAAAUAUUUCUUUUAAUGUCAUGUUCUUCUGAUCCCUUCCCCCACUCCCGCACAACUUCCAUGUAUUUAAACUCCUUUAUUUAUUUAUCAAAUAAAAUCAACAUCUUGUCUUCUUCAUUAGAAGGAUGUAAGAUGACAAUACUGAUGUCCUUGUCCUAAAUACAUUGCAGCUGCCAAUUGUCCUCUCUUUUGGGGUGAAAAUAUCAUCUAGCACUGGGACCACACAGGUCACCUCAUCGUAAGUAGUCCCCAUAUAACAAGAUUGCAAUCAACAAGCACCAUGAUCACACUGUAGAGCCUGGGUGUGUGGUAGAUUGGUGUAAGUACACUGACAAAAUCACCAAACCUGGCACUUCUAAGACUAUGUCCCUGCCAUUAAUCACCACUCCUGACUCUACAUAGAUGCCCAUUUUGGACAUGUCAUUGAGACAAGCCUAAAGAAUUAAGAUUCCUCCCCUUCUCUGAAAAACAAAACAAAACAAAACAAAAACAAAAACACUUCACACAACCAGAAACCAAGACCUGGCAUUUGGUUUAAGGCCAAGGGUUUUUUUUUACCAUUUGGAACAAUUGUUGCUACAGUGGCACAAAGACCCUUUCCAAAUUUUAGAAAAGAGGUAUUGGCUUUGGAUAUGAAUUCUCACAGCUGCUUAAAAGAGAUUAGAAUGUAUGUGGAUAUGAGAAAACUUAAUAUAUGAAUCAUGUAUGUUGAAGGUAAAAGAAGCAACAUGAAAUCUACUUUGAAAUAAAAUACUCAUUUUUAAAGGAAAAAUAUAUUAGGUUUUUCAAUUGAAUAAAACAAUUGUAAAUAUUUGAACCAUUUCUUUUUGCUUGUGCAUGCAUUUUUGAAUAAUGAGAUAGGUCUUCU